GUCCUCCUCUAAUGAGCAGGAUUCAGAGACACCACGGAGAGAGAGAGAGAGGCAGCCCCGCACGACGAGGGCCGGGGGAAAUAAGGAUGACGACCAAAAAAAAGGCAGAGCGCGAUAAGUGAAAAUCACCGGAGCCGAGCCCCCCGAGAAGAAGCCCAAAAAAGGGGACCGCGGACCUUUCCUCCAUCCGCCAAACGGGAGCCAGGACCCCAGCGUUAGACUACGAACGGACCUGGGGAAGAGACAGCACAGAGAGAGAGAGAGAGAGAGAGAGAGACAGCGAGAGAGAACAGGAGAAGCGGAGAAAAAAAAAAAAAACCUCAGAUCAGGUCGGUUGUUUAUCGUCGAGGUGCGUGCAGGAGCGCGAUCGGAAGCGUCCGAAAGAGACAGUGUGUGUGUGUGUGCGCGGGUGUGCGUGUGUGUGUGUGUGUGUCUGCCGUGGAGAAGGGGAGAGACUGCAUUGCCGUCUCCAUCGCGAGCCGUAGAGAGAAGCCUAGCAGAUCCUCUCUCUCCCUCUCUCCGUCCCUCUCCGUCCCUCUCUCUCUCUCUUUUUUUCCGCUCCGCCGUUCCUGGCGCUGGGACGGGGAGGCAGAGCGCCUGAUCUCGGGCCGAGAGAGAGAGCGGAAAGGGGGAAGAACGGAUCGCCAUCGCCAUGGUUCCCUGCCACGCCUGGAGACGGCUGCGUAGGAUUCCGGGUUUCUAGGCGGAGACCGACCCCCCAGCCAGCCUCGGGGGGGGGAAGACCCACGGGGAGCGCCAGGAGGGAGCGGCAGGGCCGUCCGACCGGCUCUGUGGAGAUUGCGCCUGGAGGCGGGGGGGGCGGGGUGACAGGGGAGAGGAAGGGGGGGGGGGACUCGCCGCGUCGGCGAGGAAAGGGGAGGGGUGUACCCCGAACUCUGUGCUCGAGCGUCAGCGGGGAGACGCAUGGCCGCCGGGCCCCUGGUCCCGUAUCCCAGCCGCGGGGGGAGCGGGCUGGAGUGACCCGCGCCGGGAGGAUGGUCUGAGGAGGCCCGGAGGAGCACCCGCCGCACCACACACUACGCCACACAGCACCGCACCGCGCCGCACCGCGCCGCCCGGCCCGACUCUCCUCUCCGAGGACCGGAGGCGUGGGGCCUCCUCUCCUCCGCUCCGGUUUCAUCGUCCGUCCGAGAAGGGGGGGGGAACCGGCUCCUACGCCCCCCCGAGUUUCGGGUCCGCUUUCUUCAUCCCUUUCCUCCUUCCUUUGGUCACUUUUUAACCCUUUUGCUCUUUUUUUCUUUUUGAGGUUCGGGGGAUUUGCCAAAACCUGUUUCAUGCAUGUCCAGUGGGGGCAGGUUCGACUUUGAUGAUGGGGGGUCAUACUGUGGAGGGUGGGAGGAGGGGAAGGCCCACGGCCACGGCAUCUGCACGGGCCCCAAGGGCCAGGGCGAGUACUCGGGGUCCUGGAGCCACGGGUUCGAGGUGCUGGGCGUGUACACCUGGCCCAGCGGGAACACCUACCAGGGCACGUGGGCCCAGGGCAAGAGGCACGGCAUCGGCGUGGAGAACAAGGGGAAGUGGGUGUACAAGGGCGAGUGGACGCACGGAUUUAAGGGGCGCUACGGCCUGCGGGAGAGCACCGGCAGCAGCGCCAAGUACGAGGGCACCUGGAGCACCGGCCUGCAGGACGGAUACGGCACCGAGACCUACUCCGACGGAGGGACGUACCAGGGCCAGUGGGUGGGCGGGAUGCGGCACGGCUACGGGGUGCGGCAGAGCGUGCCGUACGGCAUGGCGGCCGUCAUCCGCUCGCCGCUGCGCACGUCCAUAAACUCGCUGCGCUCCGAGCACAGCAACGGCACGGCGCUCCACCCGGACGGGCCGGGCGUGGCGGGCGGGGGCGGGGCCGGCGGCGGCGGGGGCGGGGGCGGCGGCGGGGGCGGGGCGGCGGGCAGCCCGGCCGUGUCGCGGGGCGGCUUCGUCCUGACGGCGCACGGCGAGUCGGAGCUGGCGCGCGGGAAGAAGAAGGGCCUCUUCCGCCGCUCCAUCCUCAGCAGCCUCAAGCUGCGCAAGUCCGAGUCCAAGAGCUCGCUGGCCAGCCAGCGGAGCAAGCAGAGCUCCUUCCGCAGCGAGGCGGGCAUGAGCACCGUCAGCUCCGCCGCGUCCGACGUCAACUCCACCGUCAGCCUGGGCGAGGGCGAGGCCGAGCUCUCCGUCGCCGAGGACGACCUGGACGCCACCACCACCGAGGCGUACGCCGGCGAGUGGAAGAACGACAAGCGCUCGGGCUGCGGCGUCAGCCGGCGCUCCGACGGCCUCCGCUACGAGGGCGAGUGGCUGGCCAACCGCCGCCACGGCUACGGCUGCACCACCUUCCCCGACGGCACCAAGGAGGAGGGCAAGUACAAGCAGAACGCGCUGGUGAGCGGCAAGCGCAAGAACCUCAUCCCGCUGCGCGCCAGCAAGAUCCGCGAGAAGGUGGACCGCGCCGUGGACGCCGCCGGGAAGGCCGCCGACAUCGCCAAGCAGAAGGCCGAGAUCGCCCUGUCCAGGACGGCCCACGCUCGGGGGAAGGCGGAGGCAGCCAUGGGCGCGGCUCAGAAGGCGCAGGAGGAGUGUCGGCUGGCCAGGGUCACUGCCAAAGAAUUCUCCCCCUCCUUCCAUCACCGCGGAAACGGAGUGGAGUGCCAAAGGCCAAAGCAUCAGAACUCAAGUGAGAACGACAUCGAGGCGAUCUCCAGCUGCACGCCGGACAGCCCCGAGCUCUACAUGAAGGGCACCACGCCCCCGGACCUGACGCCCGACCUGAGCCCGGUGCCCAGCCGCCCCUCCACCCCGCCCUGCAGCCCGCCCAAGCCCUCCCACCGCACCAAGAACGCCCGCUUCCUGCGGCAGAGCGCCGUGGACGACGAGCGGGGCGCCGCCGAGAUCCAGGUGCUGAUGGAGGGGCGGGGCGGCGGCGGUGGCGGCGGCGGCGGAGGGGGCGGGGACUACCUGCGGGCCAACAGCUGGAGCGAGGACAAGCGGCACCCGGGGGGCGGGGGCAGCCGGGGCAGCAGCCGCUCCGUCACCCCCUCGGCCCAGGACGAGGGGCGGGGCGGGGGGCGCGCCAACGGGCACCGGCACGCCCAGUCCAACCACAAGCCGCGGGAGCGGUGGGCGGACUGCCCGGCGGCGGGCUGGACGGCGCAGCGGGCGCUGAGCGAGGGCCUGGCCCGCUCCCGGCUGCUGGAGCAGGACGAGGAGAAGCUCAGCAACUACGAGAUGGAGAUGCGGCCGCUGCUGCCCAUGGACUCCGCCUCUCAGAAACACUACGGCCACGCCCACCCCGAGCCCCGCCCCCACGCCCAGCAGAGACUGCGGCCGGCCAAGGGCCGCGAGGGCAAGGAGGGGGCGGGGCCCCCCGGGGCCCGGGAGGGCAGGGAGGGGGCGUGGCCCGCGGGCCUCCCGCCCGACCCGUUGCAGAAGCUGGAGGCGCGGCCUCUCUGUCGGGACCUCACCCUCUCCCCCCCACAGAAAUCUCCGCCCAUUGCACUAGAACAGGACGAGGAGAACAUGACCCAGCUCAAAUCAAACUCGGGUUCCAGCUCUAUUCUGGUUGUCAUGGUGAUUUUGCUCAACAUUGGAGUGGCCAUUUUGUUUAUUCACUUUUUUAUUUAAACAAUGUAUUGCCUAUUAAUUCUUCUUAUUUAUCUAUACUAUUGUUAUGAAUUAAUAUGAAAACUAUCACGGCUAUUCACCCCCCCGCCUCCCCAAACCCUCUUCAGCCCGUUUUGGCAAAGAGACAUAAUACGGUCGACACAGAAUAAGAAACUCCAUUAAAGAGAUGUGUGAGGUCAAAAUUAGCAGAGCGGCAAAGGCUCAAUUUUCACCAUUCUGCUCCUGACCUCCCCCCCCCCCCCAAGCCCCCCCAGCUCCCUCCAUUACCCACUUAUUUCCACAUUCCUUUUAAAGACCACUUUAACUUAUAAUUUAACUUAUUUAUUUAUUGGCUAAAGAUAUUUAUGAUAAAUUGCAAAUUAUUGUUUUUUUUUUUUUAUUACUGUUUAUUGCUCACUUGCCUUGUUUUGCUCUGUCGAUGAUGUUGAUGGGUUUAUUACUUUAUAUAUUUUCUUGGGAAGUUAAAAAAAAAAGAGAUUAAAAUCUGGUGCGGGCUUGUUAAAACCGUGUAGUUUUGUGGCCCCUGGGUGAAGCUCCGCCCCCCCUGCCUGUCAAGUGGUUCCCAUGGUGAGACCACGCCCACUCGCCGUCACCAGGAGGGGAGUCCCAGCAGGACGCGUCUGUGACUCCUUCCGGAGAACAGAUGGUCAAGCGGAUGCUGAUCCCCACCCUCCCCAUCUUGGACACGCCCUCCCAGGAACCGGCCCCUCCCCCCUUUCCACAGCCCCGGGGGAUUGUGGGAUUGGUGGAGUCUGGAGAAAAGAAGGGAUUCUUAAACAGGGCUACUCACUCUCAACCGUAUGCAACAGAGGAGAGACAGGCUGUCUGAAAGGGCUUCAUCACUGCAUUCAUGUCAGCAUGGAAACCCAGAAAUAUUUUCUCACCAUAAUGAUCACGCGCACCAGGAAACACUUACACACACGCGCACACACACACACGCACACACAUGAACAUGCACACAUGCACAUGAACACACACACAUGCACACACACACACACAAACAAACACAUAGAAACAUGCAUCCAUAUGUGCAUAAGCACAUAAACAGACAUUUUGCUCAGAACAGACACUCACACUCACACACACACACACAAAAGCACGCAGAAACAUACACCUACACUCACACACCUACAUGCACAAAAACACACAUGCGCAUGAACACAGACACACACACGCAAGCACACACA